AUGGCGUUGACCCCUAUUUCAAGCUCACCGCGAAGGUCCACGAUAGCAGCUUCCAGUUCUCUCAUUCAAGUCGAUUUCCAUGAGAUUGGAGAAUCCGUUCCUGUGACUGUCCUUCCCCAUAUGAACAUCCUUCCUCGCCAGACUGCGGCUCGCAACCAGGCUGCUGCUCCGACUGCGGCGACAGCAACGACUGUGGCGACAGCUCAAACCACUGGUAAUACCGUGGACUUGAACACGUCCAUCGAGAGCAACAGCUCCUCAAGUACCGAGUCGAGGGAUUUGCUAGCGGAGGAUGGGGAGAAUCUUUCUGUCUCCUCUGAAUCCUCUGAAGAAGUGGUGAUUCCAGCUGCCACCACGACGGCUCGUGAUGUGGCCAAUACUCGUGCCACAUCUAAGAAGCGCAUUUUAGCCACCCAAUUUACCAGUGUGCUUGUGCGUGAUGGUCUUGUGCAAGAGCCUCUACAGUCCGAUGCAGGUGCCUACUAUUAA